AUGCCUCCUCCGCUGGGAAGCCUACGGCGUCUUUCCUGCACUCUCUCAUCCACAUCCACAUCUGCCCAUUCACACUCUCAAUCUUCAUACCCACUAUCAAUCUCCUUCAGACCACUUCCAUACACUCCAACCCCAUCCCAAUGCCGACAACAAUCCACUGAUGCCACCUCCAGAAAAUCCCAGACUAAUGAUAAAGAAGAAGAAAAGCGUCGAAAAGUGCAUAUGUGGCUAAGGGGGCCUGGUGCCGUUUUUAAAAAUCUGAGACCAGGCAGCACAAACUAUGUCAGCGCUUAUGACAGUCAGGGCAUGCUCAUACGUGCCAAGGCAGGAAAGGAAACUGAUGCGGAGACCCUGGAAGAUCUUAGACCGUUCCCGCUAAAUCCGACGUUCGUGAGUGAGUCGGUCCUCAGUGAGGAGUUACGGAAUGAUAUUCAUAGGCAAGUUGUUGAGUAUGGGAAGUCACUGAGGGAGGUUAGUUUUAUGCAUGGUGUGGAUUUGAGGAGGGUGGCGGCUGUGAUCAGGUUGGUAGAGUUGGAGAAGAAGUGGGUUAAAGAGAACAAACCUCGAGCAAUCCCUUACGCUCGGGCUGUACACCAGAUGCUCCCAACCACGCCAUUAAAAAAAUACCCAGAACGACCCAUCCCCCACGAAUCUAUAAACGACCUCCCAGUCCACCGCCUCACCGAGCCCCAAAUAUUCUACCCUGUCUCUGAAUCACGACAAUUCAACCGUGUCGAUGCCGGACGCGUCUUCUCCGCCGCCCCCGCCCUCCCUUACCACACCUCCAACAUACCACACAACACCCCCAAAGCCAUUGAACAGGUGACUCACAACCCACACAAGAUCGAAAAGGUCGGCAAACCCGACGCGGAAGAAGAAGUCCUGCAACCUGCAGACUACCGCAUUCCCCAUCCGCAUCUUGUCGCCUUCGCACACGACCGGUUCCAUCGACCCGGUGAGUUCCGUGAGCAUAAAAAACGGUUUAUGGAACGGAUGGAGCUGGAGACGGCUUUGCUUAAGAAGCGGCAGGAGAGGGCAAAGGCGAGGGAAGAGGCGAAGACAAUCCGGGUCCAGCCUGAGGGUAGUCGGUUUGAGUUCCGCUUCAGAGAUGCUGUUGUAUCCCGUGACACAACUGGGAAGGAUGGUCGUGGUACCAGCGCUCCUGGCCGGCGGUAUGGUGUGCCUAGUUACGAGAGGAAGAGAGGCGUUAUAAAGAUACCCACUAAAGUAGAGGUUUAG